ACGUCCAUUUAAUCAUACCAAACAUAGUAUGUCUUUCUAUUUGCAUCUGCAAAGUGUUUGUGAAAUUGCUCCAAAGGAAGUGAUUGUUUGGGUAAAAGUUUUAAAACAAAAUAAUUAUUUUCUUUUAAUAGCUAAAAGUAGAAAAACGCAUCACGCGAAGUAAUACGACAGGCUGUGUUUGCGUUGAAAGAAAGCGGCGGGGGCUGAAACUGAAAGAAGAGAAUCAAAAAGAAGAAUCGAAGAAAGAAAGGAAGAAGCAUAGAAAUUUGUUGGACCAAUUGGCCUUUGCUUUCACCUUCAGCUUCAGUUGUAUCUUUCCUGGAUAGAAAGCUUCAAAAUGGCCAAGAAGGCAAUACCAAAGCCCAGCAAAUUAGCUGUCUAUCUUUACAUUCCCAAUAUCGUUGGGUACACAAGGGUUCUUAUGAAUUGCUUUGCUUUUGCAAUUUGCUUUUCUAAUAAAAGUCUCUUCAGUCUUCUCUAUUUUAUUAGCUUUGUCUGUGAUGGCAUUGAUGGUUGGUGUGCCCGGAAAUUCAAUCAAGUAUCAACUUUUGGAGCUGUUUUGGAUAUGGUGACAGAUAGAAUUAGCACUGCUUGUCUACUAGUCAUACUUUCUCAAGUAUACAGACCUGGCUUGGUCUUUUUGUCGCUGCUUUCCCUAGAUAUUGCUAGCCAUUGGCUGCAGAUGUACAGUACAUUCUUAUUAGGAAAAACCAGCCACAAAGAUGUAAAAGACAGCACUAACUGGCUUUUCAAGGCUUAUUAUGGAAAUCGGAUGUUCAUGGCUUACUGUUGUGUAGCAUGUGAGGUUCUCUAUAUAAUCUUAUUCCUCAUUGCAGAAAAACAGGAUGAAAACUUAACUGAGGUUUUAAUAAAUUCAAUGAAGGAACUCUCAGUUACCUCUUUACUACUUGCAUUGAGUUUGUUUGGGUGGGCAAUCAAGCAAACUGUAAAUGUUAUACAGAUGAAGACAGCAGCGGAUAUCUGUGUCCUGUAUGACAUCAAUAAGAAGGAGAAGCGUUAAUUUUUCCUGACUUGUCAUGUGCUGCAUUCAGCUCUAAUAGCUUUGCUGGUCCUGAAGUUUAUAAUCCUUUAAAGUGGAAAAUGAAGCACUGCAUCACAGUUGGUGAUCCAAUGAAAAAUUACAUGUUUUUUGAAAUUUCCCUUUUCCAUGUUUCUUACUGUGAUGAUAUAGGGAUGAGAUAUUCUCAUAUUUUGCAAUUGUAAGUUAGCAUUUUAAGACCUUUUUCUUUUCUGCCGGCAUUUUUUUCCCCUCCUCUUUGGGUCUAAUCACUCCACCGAAACUUAUCUAAUUUUAAGUUUGUGCUUUUACUGAAGACAUGUAUGGUUGGAGACACGCUGGUGCUUGAAACUGUAAAUCCGGGAAGCAAGAGUGCUUUGGCAAUUUUAGUAGCUUUUGCUUUCUUUUUGGGUUUUUGGUCAAUCAUCUUAGUAGCUAUUUGCUUUAAAACACUGAGCAACAAUUCAGUGAAUAUUGAAUAUUAUUACUUCUUCUCUGCGA